AUGGAGAGCGCCUGUUUCUCGUACGCUUGGUGCAUCAUGCUGGACAUUGCAAUCAUCGGCGGUGGAAUUGCUGGGCUCACGGCAGCCAUCGCGCUCCGGCGAGCAGGCCAUUCUGUGACGAUAUACGAGAAAACGUCGCUGAACAACGAAAUCGGGGCCGCGAUCAACGUACAGACGAACGCAUCCCGUCCGCUGAUGGCUCUGGGAAUGGACCCGGUGAGAGCGAGGUUCGUGAUGGCCACAGGCAGCCGGCUCAUGCGAGGCGAUACCCUGGAGGUGACCCACGAACUCAACCUGGGGGCUAUUGCAAAUAGUUACGGAUCGCCGUGGUACUUUGCGCACCGGGUCGAUUUGCAUGAGGAAUUGAAGCGGAUGGUGGUAGCGGCUGACGGCGGCCCGCCUGUGACGUUCAAGUUGCGGAGUGAAGUGACGAGUUAUAAUCCGGAAGCUGCCAGCUUCACUCUUCGAGACGGAAUCGUCAUUUCUGCAGAUCUUGUGGUAGUUGCGGAUGGUAUUCACAGCGGUGGCGUCGAGGCGAUUCUCGGGUCUCCCAAUCCCGCGUUCCCCGCAGCCCUAGACAACUUUUGCUACCGGUUCUUGAUACCCAUGGAUGCUGUACUUUCGGAUCCAAUCACCUCCAAUCUAUACAAAGAUGCAGCUGGUGGCUUUAGGCUAUUUCAUGGGGACGGCAAGAGAAUUGUCACAUAUCCGUGUAGGGACGGUGAGGUGCUCAACUGUAUUGCCAUUUUCCACAACGAACUCGACUCUUCGAGCAGAGAAGAUUGGCACAACUCGGUUGAUCAAUCUCACUUACUGAAGCUUUUUGAAAACUUUCAUCCCAAUGUGCUGGCUCUUCUUCGCAAGGCAAACGAAGUGAAGCAGUGGCCUCUGCUGUACAGAGCCCCCAUUCCAAGAUGGACCAAGGGUCGCAUGGUUCUGAUUGGGGAUGCAGCUCACCCAAUGCUUCCGCACCAGGGGCAAGGAGGUGCGCAAGGCAUUGAGGACGGCGUUGCCCUCGGGGUGUGUUUAUCCAACUCAACCUCAAAAGACGAUGUAAUCAAGAGACUAGAAGUGUUCGAAAGAAUCCGUAGAAAUAGGGCCAGCGUGGUCACCAUCUUCAGCAAUGCUGGACAAGAGGAGGCGGAGAAGAUCAAGGAAGCUGCGUCCGAGUUCAUACCUGUCGAGCGCAUCCCCGCAAAUCCAAGCGGCUUCUAUGACUUCCACUUUAGUUACGACAUUAUGGAAGACUCGGCUGAACACAUGCGGAAGCUCGAUCCCAACUUUAGGCUUCCCGAAGCGUUUCUGGGAAACGAACCAGGAAAUCGAGCAUUUACAUGA